GAGUGUCUGCAGCUCCCUCUUCUGGUGGGUCUAUGUCCAUACAGGCAAUUCAAAGACAUUUGGCUUUAAUCAACGAGCAGAUUUGGACAGACGAGUGACCAAGUUCUGGUUUGGUGUGAAAACCACAGACGCUGUGCGCAGGACAUUCUCAUAGGAGAUCAGUGGACUGCAUUUUACAGUACAAAUAGGAUAGGAUAGGAGAAAGAGGGAUGAAAGAAAUGAGACACCAGAUAAAGUGUCUUCAACCAUGCAAAGAACUGUGGGAAACCAGAAAGGUGCUUUCUCCAAAGUCCUGUGAGAAGCAGCAGACAGAGUGUGUGACGAGCAGGGAGUUUCUGACCUCUCUGAGGUUGUCUCGUCAGGGUGACUGCCCUCAGCCUCAGCGAGCCACCGGAUUCGCAGCAGCCUGCGUGGAGAGCUGCUCGUCAGACCAGCAUUGUCCCUCCCCUAGGAAAUGCUGCUCAAAUGGCUGUGGACACACUUGCCAGGCCCCAGCCAAUCUAUAUAAAGGUGUUCCUCUGAAGCCUCGCAGAGAGAUGAGCUUCGUGGAGGAUUCAGAAGGUCAUGUGAAGAUGGUGUGGGUGUCAAAGUUCAAUGUCAGCGUGGAGCCGAUUGUUUACAUGCUACAGUCCCGCUGGAACGUUGGGAUUCAUCCCAGUGAAGAUCAUGCCUCUCCAUGGACUACUGUUGCCAUGACCCUUUCUGAAGAUGUGGUUUUGUCAGAUUUGAGACCUCAGCGCUGGUAUCAGUUCAGAGUAGCAGCCAUCAACAGCCACGGCAGCAGAGGCUUCACCACACCCAGCAAACACUACAUCUCCAGUAAAGACCCCUCACCUCCAGAACCUCCAAUAAAUGUCAGAGUGAGCAACCAGACACUAUACUGGACUGAUUCACAACCAGGGACCCAGUUCACAGAAAGGUCAAGGGGAAGUGGGGUCACAGUGGCAGUCUUAUUAAGCUGGGACCCCCCCAGAGAGGGAGACCUGCCAGUCCACAACUACAGAGUCACCUGGAUGUCUCGGCAUACACACACAGUGCACAAACACACACACACGCUGCAUGCACACACACGUACAGUGCACAAUAACAUGCACACACGUCCUACACUCUCACGCACACCAGAACAGGGCAAAAAGGAGAGCAACAGCAGAGUGACUCAGGGGGCACAAUGUGAGCUGUGGCUGCAGGGUCUACUGCCUGCUACAUACUACUUCGUGUCUGUCCAGACGGUGGCCUACUGGAGUCAGAAGAGACUGAAAAGUCCCAGAGCCCAAAUUGUCUUCACCACAUUAACUCAUACAGGCGAAGACUUCUCCAAUGAGCUCCCCUCUUCCUUGUCUUCAUCAUCUCUUCCCUCCUCUCCUUCCCUCUCAUCCUCUUCCCCUUCUUCCUCUGACCUCUCCCUCUCCUCCGGUCUGCCUCACCAUGAAUCCCCUCUUAACCCUGUCCCCCCUGGCAACUUGCGCCUGGAGGUCGCUGCCCCUCAUUACCACGAUGACCAGCUGCAGGUCAAGGUGUUCUGGAAGUGGCCUCACCACGGCAAACAGCGACACCCUGGUCCAUACAUUUUGCGGUGGCAUCCACAUACUUGCAGUACUAAUGUUACAAGCACUGAGAAAACAACAACUGUGCUGGGCACCCAUCACACCAUUACUGGCCUGCUGUUUGCCUGUAAGUACAGAGUCGCUGUGGUAAUGAAGGCUGACCCGGGUUCAGAGGCUGUUGCGUGGGUUACGACCCCAACUUGCUCCUCCAUCAGGGUCAGAGGAGGCAAAGCUUUGCCCUGUAACACUGAGGAGCGCCUCCUGUCAGGCAGAAAGGUGAUACUGCGUCCAGAGCGACUGACAGCAGACUUUCAGCAAGUCAAUGGCACCUUGCUUACUACUCUUCGCUGGAGGAUGUCUCAGCAUGCACUGGAUCCAGCAGCUGUAGAGGGGUUCCAGUUCACCUGGACGCUGCAAUCAGGGGUUACCAUGGCUUCAGAAGGGCAGGAAGACACACUUGUCUCCCAGACGCAGACAAUCGCACCGUACCAGCGGUCGGUGUCAGUUCAUGGUCUUCAGGCAGACAGUGUUUACCAGCUGCAGCUCCAGGUGCUAACAGCAGGGGGCAAAAACGGCGCCGCAGUCUCCAAGACCAUACAUACUCCAGCUAUCAAUGGCACACUUUGAUCGGCCAAAACCCCACAGCUUUCACCGUCCACUGCACAAUGGUCAUGUUAAUCAACAUCCACUUCUCCACUGUCUUCCACAGUGCGACAUGGCGUCAUUGCAGUUAAAGUGCAGAAAAAAAUUAUAAAACUGUAAAAUAAAGAAAGUUCCUCUGUGUAAAGUAGAUCAUCACUCUCUUUUAUAUUUCCUACUCUGAUUGUGUUGUUAAUCUUUCACUUUAAUCACUUUUCAAACAUCAGGAAGGUUGUGAGCUUGCUCUAAUGGAAAAAGCAUUAAUCAUUCAAUUAAUCAAAUAUUAAUCAAACAGCUGAUCCAAAGGUUAGGACUUAGUUCAAAAUUGUCUUGUAAAAACUGUCAAAAAAAAACCCCAACAACGGACAACAACAAAUAAACUGUAUCAGUCUAAGAAGCACUAAGUCCUUGCUGUUAGUCUUGACAGCAUAUCCUUACCCCCCCCCCCGCCCCCCUCUAUUUUUUUUAUUAAAACUGCAGUAUUUUCCAAAUAAUUACUUGUGGCAUUAGUGCAUUGCGAGACAUGUAUGUGAAAAGUAAGACUCCUUGCAGUGCUGCAUAUGUUUGGUGUUUAAAUGGGACUUAAAAGGUCAUUUCUGAUUACCUGACAUCACUGGGAUCAAGUGACACUUGUAAAGAGACUUUAUUAUACCUGUUGUUUUUGAUCAUGCAAGUAGAGAAUACUAUAGCACUGACCUUUUGUACAAAUACAAAUGUAGAGCAACAGACUGUGUGUCAUGCAUUGUGUAUUUCAAUGCAUAAUCUGCUGCAUUGUCUUUGUGGUCUGAGUUGGUGUACUGAAGCUUUUAAGUAAGCUCAAACAUAUAAUUUGUUCUCUUGUUUAAAAAAGCUAAUUUUUCACUCUAAGCUGUCUGAAGUUACUUGUUUAAUACAUUUUAUGCGAUGUUAAUUUGCAUUAUGGUACACCUAAUUACACAGUUAAUAUCUAUAACUGUGGUAGAUGUCUUUGUCUUACAUAAGUCAAGACAUGACUUUGAAAAGGUAGGAAACUACUGGUGUCAAGCAACCAAUCAUUGUUGUUAAUCAUGUUAAUAUUCUCUCCAUGUAACCUUUUUUUGACAUUUUACUGUUUAUAAUUGUGUACUUUCCAUUACUUUUUGACUGUUUGUUAUAUUUAUUAUUUGCCUGUUUUUGUAAUUAAAGAUUAACAAGACA